GCUCAAUUCGUUUAUGUUCCCAACUAACUCUCUACCGGAAGAGAGAAAAUAUCAGAAAACAGAGUAGAGAGAGAGAGAAACAGAGAGAGGUUUCUAGUGUUGCACAUGGAUUUGAUGAGGAAACUGAGCUUUCUAGUGUUCCUAUUGUGUCUAUUGAUCUCUCUGAAGAAAGAAAAUGCCGAAACCAAGAAGGGUUUUCGAACCAUCACUCACUCUCCAUCCGAUUCCCCUUCAAUUCUCGUAGCUCCAUCAAUGUCUCGUUCCAUCUUCUUCUCCAAAAUUGCCAAGAAGCCCGAAGACAUUGGCAAUCCCAGGCCACUCGAAUAUGAUUUCUACCGCAAAUCUUGCCCCCAAGCCGAGAAAAUCAUCCGAUCAAAGGUUCGCAGUCUCUACGAGGUCCGCUCUGAUGUCGCUCCUGCACUAUUGCGGCUCGUCUUCCAUGAUUGUUUCAUUGAGGGGUGUGACGCCUCGGUUUUACUGGAUGCCGUUGAUGGAAUUGACAGUGAGAAAGAGUCUCCUCCCAAUGAAACCUUGAAGGGCUUUGAUCUAAUCGAUAUGAUCAAGUCGCAGCUCGAAGAAGCUUGCCCAGGAGUAGUUUCUUGUGCUGAUAUUCUUGUUUUGGGUGCUAGAGAAAGUGUUGUUCUGGCUGGUGGCCCAUUCUACCCUCUGCAAACUGGUAGGAGAGACAGCACUCUUUCUUUCUCAGAAGUUGCAACAUAUGAGCUUCCUAAUCCCCAGAACGAUCUCCCACAAAUCGUCGCAUCCUUUGCGUCAAGGGGAUUCAAUGAAAGAGAAACAGUCAGUCUCUUGGGUGCACACAGCAUUGGAACAAUUCACUGCAGAUUCAUCCUCAACCGGCUUUACAACUUUGGUGGCACCGAUGAGCCAGACCCAACUCUAGACCCCCAAUUCCUCGAUCUCCUAAGAUCAAAAUGCAAUGACAGCCACACAUCAUUAUCACCUUCACCAUUGUUAUCGCCAUCUUCUGAUGAUGGCUCAGCGUCACGAUCUUCCUCAUCACAGGAGCCAGGAGUGGAGAUGGACUAUCAAGGACGGGGAUCAGGUUUUGGCUCACUAUAUUACCGUGGUCUGCUGGAAUCUAAAGGAAUCCUCUAUGUCGAUCAGCAGCUAACAGCAGAGGAAAAAACUGAAGCUUGGGUUAGAGCAUACGCCUCAGAUGAUUCCUUGUUUGGACGGGACUUCGCUCGGGCAAUGAUGAAGCUUUCCAAUCUUGGACUGCUGACUGGGCCAAUGGGUCAGGUUCGGAUCAGUUGUUCGAAGGUGGCCUGAGAAAGGUAUGAGCUAUGCCACUUGUUCAGCCAGUCCUAAGAUGGUUUGAGUUGUUUGCUAGAUGACAUUGUUCAUUCACUCUUACUAUUUCAGUCUAUGAAAUAUAGUUUGGAAUGUUUUGGAAACUCAAAUUUGGGAUUUGUUGAACUUUUGUAGUUUGUACAUACUAUAGCAAUCAUAUGCUGGUGUAAUUGUUCAUUACAGGUUAGAAAUGGUAGAAGUUUCUCAUAAGCUGUAAAUUGGUUCAUCCAAAUUAGUAUUAAAAAAUAAAAUA